UGCCCCAGUGUAGGCGAUAAUAUAUAGAUUAAAUUAAUUGCCUGUCAUUGACAGCGAUAGACGUCCAAUCCAUUCCGACUGGGUGGCUUGGCAGCAAUCAUUCACUGUCAGCCAUCCCAGUCAAAAUGGAUUGGACUUCUAGCGCCGUCAAUGGCCUUAUGAAAUAAACGCAGCCUUAUCACUUGCAGUGCAAAGCCCAUUAUCUCAACAUUCAAUCACAACUUGACACGCGGGAGGCGUAAUGUAAAUCAAGCCCGCACCCGCUUUUGUGUGCAAUUGUUCCUACUGUAAAUAUUAGUCGCAAUAAAUCUGCCACAACCCCCAAAUUUGCAUAUCGUUCUCUUUUUAAAACUGACUCUUGUUCCUCCGGAAUCACCGGCUUAUCCCGCCACCGCUCCGGUGUGACCUAUGUAAAUGAAUGUAAAUUCAAUUAUACUCCAUCUUCCCUCCCUCUCUCCUUGCUUUGUUUUUCCUUUAAAGCGUCCUUGCAGUUAUGAUUGAAGUUUUUUUUUUAUUGGUCUUUGGCACUUCCUCCCUGGAAUCAUAAAAUGAGAUUAUAAACGAGAAAUUCCGUAUCAUUGUUUGUCACGUGAAAUUCAAGCUUUUUAAUUUGAGGCUAUUUAAAAAAAAAAUACAUAAUUAGCAUUUAAAUCUCUCUCUGUGACAGUCUUUCUCCCUCCCUCCAUCGCUCUCUCUACAUGUCUCGGUCGCUAAGGCAACCAAUGCUUUUUCUCUCUCUCUCUCUCCCGUGCGCCCCUCCGUAUCUCCCCUUUUUUUCCUCUCCGUCUCAUUCCCUCCCUCCACUCGCCAGAGGUAGGCACUGAUAUGCGUCGGGAGUGCACGAGUGACAUUUGGCUGGCAUUUACGCAAUCUAGUAGUAGCUGGAAGUUUGCUCAAAGUGUCAUUGGGAAGUAUUGGCUGAGUGCGUGACGUCAUUAAUGAUGAUUUAUGGGCUCGGCGGUCAGCGCGCGCGACCGACGCGGACUAACGGUGCGUACUUUUGAGCGCGUGGUGCAUAAUUGAGCGUUAAAACUUGGCCCGCGGGAAGGUAUAUAUUUAGAAAUAGAUUAAGAGCGGGAUUUUUGCCAAUCCUAGACAGAGGGAAAAGCCGGACCCUCCCCCUUUGUUUUCCUCUCUUUUGCCCCUCUUGUCUCAUCUUCCAGAGAUGAUCGGCACGCUGGAGUGUCAGUGAACGCAGCGAAGCGAUGGAGAGAUGCUCCAUCGCUCCUGUCGCACGACUGACCGCCCUCGUCUCCCUCGUGCUGGUCGCCCUGGUGACGCAGCCCUCCACCUGUCACCGUGACGACCAGGGCGAGGAGCGGGCGGACGCCCUGCCGGUCCCGCUAGCCGUCACCACCCAGGUGACGCCCACCCCUCUCUGGGCGGUAGUCUGGGGACCCACGCAGGGCCUGGAGGAUGAGACCUACCACCUACUCUCCAGCCAGGAAACGGACCAUCUGCGCCAACACGGGAACCAACUGGAAGCAAGCACCGUGGUUUCUUCCGAGGCCUGGCGAUACCCUGACGCUAGCACGACUCACGAAGAUGGGGCGCUCCCGGAAUCGUGGAACCAAGACGGCGCCCGUGACGAAGGGACGGCAGAAGCGGAGGAGGCCGAGUUGGAGGAAGUGGACCCUCAGUUCUACGUCACUGUGACCAUCUCCUCGCUGCUCAUCCUCACUGCAGUCAUUAUCACAGCCAAACUCUGUUACGAUCGCAGCUGUUCCCGGCAUCCACCCCCACUUUCCCAUGGCGUGGCCCCACCCCUCUCCCGCGCACUCCCGUGCGCCCUGGCUUCCGACGAGAGCCGCCAGACGCUGCGCAGCGCCUCCUCCUUUGCCGACCGGGAGAGGAUCCCGGUUGUAAACCUCUGAAGUGGCUCUUUUCCAUAUGGUGAACACUUCUACAGAGCCUCCAGAUUUUUCACCCCCUCGCCUGCAGCAGCAUUUUUCAUUUUCUCCCAAACUGUGAAAUACGUUGAGGGACCGCAGGUAUUCAAACUCCUCGACUUCCCUGAGGUCUUAAACCUAAACUCAUCACGCUCGCCUCUCUCAUUCCUUCCUUUCCUGUGUGCUCGGCGUAAAUUUCCUCCGCGUGGCUGUCACGGCCCCCGAGCAGCGCCGAGCGCCGACCCGCCGUGACGAAUUCACAAACAAACAGUUUAACAGCCGUGCAGCAUCCCGUUUGAGGGCUCGAGAUCGCUCUCCCUCGCUUCCAGUCACGCGGCGACACAUCAGAAGGCUGUUUGCUAUUGUUGUGCCACAAAAAUUCAGUUUUUCUUGCUUGUAGAUCAGGAGUGUCGAACAUUUUUGUUGUUGUUGUUUGAGUUUUAUCAGAGCGCCGUUAUGACGGUGAUAAAUAUGUGAAGGUGUGACAUAUUGCACGUACAUAACUGCCCAUGUAUUUGGUUGUUAUUAUAGUGAUGCCUUGAGGUACGAGUAACCUGACUUAAGAAUUCUGCGAAGUACAAAUUGUUGUUCAGCCAAUUUUUGCUUGUACUUGUGGACAAAAAUGAACCCCGUGGCCUUCCCACUGAAAAUGGAUUGAGCACCUAUAGCCAUUAAUGGGUGUCAUUAACACAAAUUUUGCUAACUACCACGGCACAUAAACUGUGAUCUGGCAGUGAAUGAGAUAAAUACGGUUACUCUUUUAAGAAAAAUGACUCAUAUUCCUGCAGUUCAGUGAAAUUCGUCUUCGGUCGUCUGCAUGAAUGUAUUACACUGCCAACCUGUGGCCAAGAUGCGUACACCAGAAGAAGUCGCGAAAAAUCAGGUCACAAUGCCCAAACUUUUUGUCUUUACUUAGUAUUCAAAUGUUUUCUAGCUAGGGGUGUGAAAAUUGAUCCGGAUUGAUGUAUUGAUUUGUUAAGCGUAAUCGAAUCGAAAUCAAUAAGAAGGCAAAACAUUCAUUCAAAUGUCUGAAUAGUUGUAGCACAAAAAAUUUGCAUCAAAUCAUGGGAUUUUGUAAUAUCGGAAAAUAUCGUAGUUUUCCCUAAAAUAUUCACUUGAGUUGUCUUGUAAAUGGUGAUUUGCACUCCUAAUUAGAGUCUCACAAUGUUUAAUGAAGUACAGUGAUCCCUCGCUAUAUCACGCUUCAAACUUCGCGCCCUCAGUUCAUUGUGGAUGUUUUUCAAUUUAAGAAAAAAAUACAGUAUUUUAUUUAAAAUUGUUAAGCUAUAUCCAUGUAUACUAAAGUUGUGUGAAAUUUCCGAUUCUUAGAUUAUUUGCGAUUCGGCUGCUGAAGAUUCGAGAAUGAUUCACAAACAUCCAUAUUCCGAUUAUUUAAAUAUGCUAAGUAAAGCAGAACUAAAACACAGUCAGCGGGGUUUUCGGGAUGCAAUGAGGAACGGACCAAGAGUAAACAUCUACAACUCAGGCUGCUAGAUAAAAAAACGCCGACAGCCGCUACAAACACACCCAGUUGCUAAAAACUUCACAUACGUUGAUUCAAACUACGCCCACAUAAUGCUACGGUAAAUAUCACAUGUAUAUAGAACUACAUACGAAAUGAAAGACAGCCAUCUUAAAGCAGUAGACUUCUCAGGAAGGCUCUGUUGUAGCGAAAUUAAUUUUUAACCUACAAUACUCCUAAAUCGGCAAAAUCUUGAGUUGAAUCCAUCUUUAAAUGAUGAAGCAGUUUUAAAACUUUCACAUGUCGAAAGAAGACAGAAGGGAAAUUAUGGAAUAACCGGAGCAAUUUUAACAAGUUUAACGGUUGAUCCACAACAUUAAAUUAAUUGAAUGUAGUUUAAAGCUGCUGAUACAGAAUGGGGACUUGAAUAUUUUAUUUACUGUUUUGAACUGUUAACUUGACAAUGAAAGAGUCGUUUAUUUAAGCCUGAGAGGAUUUUUGUACUAUUUUUUAAACUAAUGUACGAAGCAUUAAAAGCAGCUAAUAGCUGGGGGGUUGUGCAUUAAUAAUUGAUAUGUAAUCGGAUCGUAGCCUCUGAAUCACAUUCGCAAUCGAAUCUUGAGGUGACCCAAGAUUCCCACCUCUAAUGUAUACAUGUACGAAUCAUUGUUUUAUUUUGUAUAUAUGCCAUUUUUAUAAUUAUUACAUUUGCAGUGCUUGAAAACUAUUUAUUUAGAAAAUGUGUGUAUAAAUGUUUUUUUAAAUUAUGCAUCUCUUUCCAAUGUUGUUAAAUUGGAAUAAAUACAUUGAACCCCCCCCCCCCAAUUUUUUUUUAUGUAAAUAAGCUCUGCCCCUACUUCACAGAUUUACAAUUUUCGCGGGGGGAGGGGCCUCCCCGUAAACCACGAAAAACAAGGGAUCACUGUACAGCGCUACAAAGUGCUAUUUUCUUUAUUAUGCAAUUAAUACCAUUGACAAUGAUAUACGUCAGAUAAUAUGGCUCUUUUGAUAAUUCUGCUGUGAAUUUAAAUUAGUUGAUCUGUAGUAGACAUCCAAACCAUUUGAACUAUGAGGGCCGGCCAAUCCCCUCCUCCCCCCAGUUUAAAUGGAUUAGACGUCAUUCGCCUUCAAUGACAGCCAAUGAGUCAAAAAAAAGUUAUGUAAAUUUGUGUUGGGUUUUUCGGGACGCUAAACGGAUUAGCGGCAUUGCCGUAAAGUUCAACAGAGAAACGUGAUUUGAGAUAUGUCUGUUAUGGAACUACUUGAACUCGUACCUCAAGGCACAACUGUACAUAAACAAAUAUACUAUUGAAUUUUCAGUCUAUAAAAGUCACACUGGGGUUUAAGUCACAUUUUUAGGGGAAAUUUUAAUCUAUUGAGAGUAAAAAACAUUAUGCACUAAGGUAAUAACAAUAAAAUUGACAACAACAGGCUAACCAGCAAACAGUGUUGCAUUUUAACAGUAACUUGACUAACUAUAGCCUAAACAACCUUGCAGCAGUCAGUGCGGCGGAAAAAAACAUAAAUCAUACCUGAUUAUAGGUUACAGACUCAGACAAACGAUGGAGAAACAAAAAAGCGGGAUUUAUAGUCCAGAAAAUAAACAUUAAAAUAAGAUUAGAUAUGUAAAUCAGAAUUCAUGUAAAAUGAAUUCAGCAAAACCGUUUAGCAAACUGAGCCGACAAGCUAAUUUGGUCCACACGAUAGUGCCACAAGACUACUUGUCUAUAACGAAUCCCCUCAAAUCACUUCAAAUGAUAGCGACAAAAAUUGUUGUUGGUGUUCAAACAAAAUUGUUGAAUGUUAAAAAUGGAUUUGGUGGAGGGGGAAGCUAUUGCAAAUUAGAAAGAUUUUCUGAUAAAAUGAACAGGAACAAAUACAUUUAGUGAGAAAUAAAAAAUACUUGCACUUUGUUUGCUAUAGUAGUGGGCCACAUACACUAUCGUAGGGGGCCAAAUCUGGCCCACGGGCCUUAACAUUGACACCCGUGUUGUAAUCCAUUCCGAUAUCCAUCCGUCAUCAAGCAUCUCCAAACACGGAUCUGACUAUUUCGCAAAGCUGUAGCUAACGGGCAAUGUGUUUAACAUGUCACGCUCCAAAAAUGAUCCCUGCUUUAAGCCUUGGGGUGGGAAAAAAAAUGCUAAUUCUUGUGUGUGUGUAUUUCCCUUCGUUUUCCUCUGGAUUUUUUUUUUUUUUUUUUUUACAUUAUCAUCAGCCAUUCACCUCCUUGCUCACACUGAGGUGCAAAGAGCACAAACCCUGCUUUCUUCGAAAUAUUCACCACUCGAAGAGAUUUUGGCGCUACCAAUCAACCCAAGGGUAUCUUUUUUUGUUUUCCGCAUGACAACAGAGACAGAUUCAUGCAGUCCCGGAGAGCCUAGGACUAGCGCAUCAUCGUGAUUUUUUUUUUUGACAGGAAUUGCAUUGUGGAAAUAACCAUCUGCCUUCACGUUUAAUCAGUGUACAUCAUUGAAAAGUGGCACCAAAGGAACUUUCAAGGGAGCGCUCGUGUCGCCCGCAUCAUCACACUCACAUGUAAUAUUCAUAAAUGUCUACUUUAUCGAUGGGCUUGUGAUGUCUUCUAGAACCUUGCAAAAACAGAGUUGGUCUUGGAUGAAACUUUGUCGAAGUAGUUUUCGUAGACUUAGGCCUGAGGUUCGGCUGCCGCUCAACGAAAUAAAUCUUCAUCGGAUACAACUGUGUAUUUCCACCUUAGUUGUACUAGUUUGUGGAAGGCCGUUUUUUGUUACUCGUGGACCAUUCUACUCUCCACAGAGCCAAAAGCAACAGGUUCUACCUACUUACUACAAUACGUUAUAUACUAAUGAAUGGGAAGUGUUCUAUGGAAAGCCAUUGGAGCAUUUAUUCAGGAUACUUGAUAUCCAGUUUAAGGGUUAUAAACUAUUGUGCUAGCAUCAACACUAAACUAGGACCACCAAAGAAUUGAAAAUUUACUAGUUGCGAACCAAUUAAAUCUACAAAAACUUGAUCUGAAUCUAUUUUAAAGUUUUAAGGCAUUUUAGUUCCUCACUGAAAUGCUCUUUAACUAGUUUUUUGCUGUACAUUCUAUUCUCACCUAUGGAGAACCAGGAGUGUUUAAAUUAAUUAAGUGUAUAAAGUAAUUAAAUAAAAAAAAGUGUGCCAAUAAAUGUUAUUAUUUCAGUGUUUAUUUCUUUCAAGAUUUCUGUUUUUUUUGUUUUUUAUUUGUAUAUUUUUGUCUAAUUUGUAUUUUAUUCUAAAUGUAUUUCAAAAAUAAUUCAUUUAUUCACAUUGUUCAAAUACUUUGAAAUAAAUGUUGAAAUAAAUACAAUUUUAAUUGUAAAAAAAAUAAAAAAUAUUUCAAUGGUUAAACAUUUCAAUAUUCAUGUAUUUAUUAUUUUUUUAAAUAUAUUUUUUAUUUUGGAAUUUAUCACAAUUACUUUUAAAAAAUAAUUGUUGAAAUGAAUAAAAAUUUGAAUAUUAAAAUACUAAAAAAAUUUCAAUAUUUACAUAUUUCAGUUUUAAUAAGCGGCUCAGAAGACUAAUUAAUGUAUUUACAGUGAUGUUAUAAAAAUUAGGACACCCCAUUAAAUAUUCAGUUCUUAAGAAAUGUUCACAUAAUCAAUGUCUGAUCUUGUUUUUCUUUAUAACUGGAAAAGAAAGUGAUUUAAUUACAGGUAAACGACAAAAUUUACUAUUGUUUUACUCAUUAAACCAAAUAUAUCAACAAAAAUGCAUAUUCUAACUGAGGAAAAAGUUAGGACACCC